AUGGUCGGCGCCGGUGCUGGUGGGGGAUCGGACAACAUCAUCCAUCGCAUGGCGAUGGAGGAUCCGAUCCCCUGGUACAAGAAGCCCAAUUUGCGGACGAUGUACUUCCUCCUGUUUCCCUGCGUCAUUGGCAUCGAAAUGACUUCCGGGUUUGACUCCCAGAUCAUCAACGCGGCGCAGCUUCUCCCCGCCUGGAAGGAGUACUUCGGGAACCCGACCGGCUCGUACAAUGGCAUCCUCGCCGCCUCUCUUCCCCUGGGCUCCGUCAUCGGGCUCCCCUUCAUCCCUCUGGUCAAUGACACGUUCGGGCGUAGAUGGUGCAUCAUGUUCGGGUCGUGUAUCAUGAUCAUUGGGACUAUCAUCCAGGGAUUCGCCUUCAAUGCCCCGAUGUACAUCAUGGCACGCGGCAUCAUCGGCUUCGGCCUGCCUUAUGCCAUCGUGGCCGGUUCUUGUCUGAUCGGCGAGCUGGGACAUCCCAAAGAGCGCCCAAUUCUGACGUCGCUGUUCAAUGCCUGCUACUUCAUCGGAGCGAUCGUAGCUGCGGGAGCAGCCUUCGGGACCCAGCAGAUCCAGGGCAACUGGUCGUGGAGGAUCCCGUCACUUCUUCAGAUGGCACCGUCUCUCUUGCAGGUCGUUUUCGUCUUCUUCCUGCCGGAAUCCCCCCGUUACCUGAUCAGCAGAGACCGCUAUGAGGAAGCCGAGCAGGUGUUGAUCAAGUACCACGCCGAGGGCAAUGCCGAGUCCCCGUUUGUCAAGGCUGAGAUCGUGGAGAUCAAGGCGACGCUGGAGAUUGAGAUGGAGAACUCGAAACGGUCGUGGGCAGACAUGGUCCGCACGGCAGGCAUGCGCCGCCGCGUCGUCAUCGGCUCGCUGCUGGGCCUGUUUACGCAGCUGUCGGGCAACGUGGUCAUCUCGUAUUUCCUGGGCGACGUCCUCAAGCUGAUCGGGUACACCGACCCCAGCUUUCAGGCCAAGUACAACCUCGGCAACCAAUGCUGGUCCCUCAUCUGCGGUGUCAGCGCUGCCCUGGUGGUCAUGCGCUUCAGGCGGCGAACCAUGUAUCUGACAGGCAUCAUCUCAAUUCUGGCCGUCUAUGUGGCUUGGACCAUCUGCACUGCUGUCUUCAUCAUCGACAGGUCAGAGGUUGCUGCUAAGCUGUCGCUGUUCUGGAUAUACGCAUACAGCCCGGCAUACAAUCUGUGCUUCAACGCCUUGACGUACACGUACCUCAUCGAGGUGUUCCCCUAUGCUACACGUGCUCGUGGCAUUGCCAUCUUCCAGUUCUGGGGCAAAGCGGCGCAGUUCUUCGGCAUCUAUGUCAACCCAAUCGGCACCCAAGCCAUUGACUGGAAGUACCUCCUCGUCUACUGCUGCUGGAUCUUUGCUGAGGUUGUCAUGAUCUGGUUUCUGUGGCCCGAGACGUCUGGCCGUUCGCUGGAGGAGCUUGCUUUCCGUAAGUGA